AGGAAAUGGACUGCUUCUUUUAGUAGAUGUAAGUCAUGGUCGGAAGGCAGAUCGGUCAUGUACCACAGUCAAAUAAGAAAAGUAUUUUGAUCGUAAUGUAGACCGAGAAAGGAGAUAAACAGAAAGCCACUGCAGGAAGGUGCAACCACUGUACACUGCCUGAAGGAAGGCAACAUUUAUUACAUUGGGUGUCUUAUCAAGGAAAACCUGGAUACUUCACAAUGUGCGAGGUGUUAAUUGUUCAUACCAGCGAGGCCAAUGAAUGGGCCGAGUAUCUGCAGCAAAUCUUAGUGGCAUCGUGUAACUUUAUAGAAGGCUCCAUUCUUUUGAUUGAUGUUUUUGAACAGAAUGUGCUGGAAAAUCAGGAACUAUUUGACUUAGCAUGUGUCAGCAAGUGCAUCAUGCCUUUGCUGUCUACUGUGUUUCUGGACAUGCAGAGAGAUCCAGAAGUGCUGGAGACUUUCCGGGAACUUCUUAAACCCCCUGAAAAAGUCAUUGCAUUUUUGUGUGGGGUAUCAGAAAGUGAACUUUCAGCAGACUGUUUUGAACUCUGGGAUCAUUGGAGAAAACUCAGUUCAGAAGAUGAUCCUUCAUUAUAUGUGUCGACAGUCCUUGAGUGCAUUAAUGAUGGAUGUAUUAGUCAACACCAUGGCCAGGAGACGAAAGAUGAAAUUCAACUGGAAGAACGCAAGGAUGAGUUCACAUUAUCUGACAUUCCUGAGAGCGUAACUUUACCUGAUGAACUAGAGUGGCAUGAGGUGAACAAGGAUGAUGUUUGUCCCACUGAUGAGCAAACUUUUUCAAGUGUCCCUGAGACACAAGAGGACCAGACCUGCCUCACUGUCCAACCAGACAGAAUACUAUGUGGGGUGAGUGCUGAGACUUGCAUAAUUAUUUAUAUAAUCUUGGUUAAGAAAUUCACCGGUGAGGGCAGCGUGGAGGUGGAGUUUCACUCUCAGCACUCAACACCUAAACGAAUGCCUGGAACUCUUGUAAACGAGUGUAUUGUUACUGUACAGUCACCUGAUAUGCCAGCUGGAAAUGUGUCUUUAACUCUUUAUAAUAAUGAGUCUGUGAUCUGCUCAACGACAGUAAAGUAUUACACAGAAAUUGAGGAAAUUUCCAGAUAUCUAGAGAAAGCUACUGAUCCUAUGCAGUUCAUGUGUCAGGCAUUUGAUAUCACAUCAAAUGUGCCCGAUUCCCUGGAUAAUUUGCUUGCUGACUCUCUUAAAGAACUAAUGCCUCUGAAUGGAUUACAAAUAUUUGGAAUUAGUCAAAUUGCACAGGAGAACACACCAGCAAAUCACCGUGACGUGGAACUCCCAACACUGCUUCACUUCUCAGCCAAGUAUGGGUUAAAGAAAUUGACAUCUUUGUUAAUGCGGUGCCCUGGAGCCUUGCAGGCCUACAGCGUGAUGAACAAAGAUGGAGAUUACCCUAACAAGCUGGCAGAGAAGAGUGGCUUCUCCGAUUUAAGACAGUUUAUGGAGGAAUAUGUUGAGACAGUGGACUUAGUGAAGGCCCACAUGGAGGAGUCCCAGACCACCCCUGGAAAUGAAGAUGUCUAUGAGGAUAUGUUGACAACUUCCCAUAAUUUCAUCACAAGUUAUGGGGAUAGUGAGGACAUUUAUGAGUGCAUGAAGAAUCUGAAUCCUAAUAUGGGUUUGGAUGAUGACUUAGAAUGUGUUUUGGAGGACUCCAACCCUGAGGAAACAAUGCUGAGAAAUUUUUUUGGAGCACAACCGGACAAGUGUUUACAAUCCUUUGAACAUAAUUCAACCAAUGGUGGAUAUUCUGACAUGGAUGGUGAUGAAUACCAUGACAUUGGUGUUGAUCCGGAAAUCUAUGGGGAAAUGGAGGACGACCUGUAUGACGUGUGCUGCAGUGAGCAAAUUUAUGACACCGUGGAGCCUCCUUUCAGCAUUGGUCCUGAAGUUCUCAAACGCCCACCUGCACCCAUUCCACGGCCACCCAAUCUGCCAGAGCCUGAAGAUAAUACAACCUACAUUUCUAAAGUGUUUUGCCCCAAGGACCCUGUAUACACAUUAAACAAAAAGCCAGAGAGAGAUUCAUCUUUAGAACCUGUACCGCUGGUGCGAGAUAGGGACAUGAGCAGUCACCAUGACCCCUUUGCAGGUAUGAAGACCCCUGGACAGAGGCAGCUCAUCUCUCUGCAGGAGAGGGUCAAGGUGGGUGAGCUGACCGUUGAAGAGGCAGUGCAGGAGUUCAAGGCUUGGCAGUUUGAUCAAGAUAAAAGAUCACACUCCCUCCGCUUUCAACAGGAAAAUUUGCAGAGAUUAAGAAACAGCAUCACUCGGCGCUGUAGAGACAAGGGGACAACUGAUCUUAAGAUUACACCACCAAUGCAAACAAACGUUCAGUGGGCGUCUCAUGUGAACAUGAAUUGCGUAGUAUAUGAACACACACCUCGAUUGAUUACCCAACCCCCUCCUGUUAGUAGACCGCUGCAGAGAGGAACCUGGCAGACAGGAAGCACCUCCAGCACUUCUAGUAGUGGCAGUCACAGACUGAGCAUUCAGAGCACUGUCAGCAACAGCAGUGGGGCAGAUGGCGAAUGUGAGGAGCCUCCGGAUAUUCCGCUUCCACCACGGCCAUCCCGCCCUAUAGUGGAUACUCCACCAGUACUCCCUCCACCUAGAGUCCCGCCACGCACAACAGAGCGGGAAAAGGAGAGCAUGCUGAACGAGCGCUAUGUAUCAACUCCUAUCCGUCCUGUUCCUCAGGAUCCCCCUCAAAGGCCUAUGAUACCUCCACCCCUACCGAGACGGACGUGGUGAUGGUCCACUUCAAAAUAUGUGGCGUUUGAUCUGUAUGACUGCAGUUUUGGUGUCCAGCCUUUCAAAUCUGUAAAAGUCUCUUCAAGAAGGGGCAAAAGACAAUGGAUCAGUGUCCAAUUCUUCAAGUGUUUGAGAUGAUCUAGACUGACUUGCAAUGAAAACAACCAUUAUAACUUUUAUAAAAGUUAAUUUAUAAAAAGUCUUCAGCUAAAGUGAUGCAAUAUGGGUUCACUGAUAUGGCUGCUUGUUUGCUACAGUAUGUACAGCUUUUCAUUUUGUGCUCUCUGCGUACAGUUAGUUAAAGCAAACAUCAAACUCAAGAACUUGCCUACCUUUUUUAUUAGAAUUCGGUGCAAUGAAGUACUGUUUGUGUUGACUGCGUUCAGUGGAGAUCAGAUUUAAAGUUGACUGGUUUUCUCUGUUUUUAACAUUUAUUCAUGAAUGCACUUUUCACUGCUGGCUACAAUAUUUGUAUCACCUUAAAGCUGAACAUUGUGCAUGAAACUAAGCAGAAAAUGAAAGUGGUGCAUUUUACAGCACAAAAUGUGUGAAUGCAUAGUGUGAAGAAAACAAGGGACAGUCUGUGUAUGUGUUACUGUUCUGUUUGUUAAUGUUUGUUGAUCCAUGGUGACUGAUUAAACAUUUUCUUUCUG